UUGUAACAUUGGGUGCAUUACCACCAGUUAUGACACAAUUGAAAUCCAUUAAUGGUGUCUUAGAUGUGGACGAGGUUAAGGGUAUAUUGAGCGAGACAUCUACCGACUGGGAACAGGAGAUUGAUUUUGAAUCUUUCCUUCGGGUUUGUGAAACUUCAUUUCCUCCCGGUGUGUUCUAUUUAGUAUUAUAAUUAAUUAAAAGUAUGCCACAAAUUCAAUUUAGCACCUCUAAUAUAUAAAAAUAGCACGUCGUCUGUAUAAUAAAGACAUAUAUUGUUAGUUCAUAUUUAUAAAUGUUAUAAGUGUGAUGUAUAACAAUAUAUGGUGUGUUGAAACUAACUAUUAUUUGUGUUGUGUAAGACUACAAUAUGUGCCGUUAGUUUAUGUGUUGUUGGUUCAUAAUUAUAAGUAUAUUGUAUAACAGUACGUUGUGUGCUGUAUAGCAGUAUUUAUUGUGCUGAAAUCAAAUGUUGUUUGCGUUGUAUAAGACUAUAGCCUCUGCUAUUAGUUUAUGUGUUGUAUUUGUAUUAUAUGAAUACAUACGAUGUGCUGCCUGUAGCAAUACCAUGUGCUGCGGAGUGCUGUAAGUAUGGUGCUGAAUUUUAAAGUUCAGCACCGUAGUCGCCACCUUGAUGGCAUAUUUGAACCUACAAGCUCGAGCAACAGCAAAAACUGGCGGUUCUAAACCUAAGUCUUCGUUCCGCUCAACUUCAUUCCUCAAAGCAACUACGACCACACUUCGUCACACAAUAAGUGAAUCUGAAAGGGCGUCUUAUGUUAACCACAUCAACAAAUUUCUCGGUGAAGAUCCAUUUUUACAGAAAUAUUUACCCAUUGAUCCCUCAACCAAUGCACUUUUUGAUUUAGCAAAGGACGGCGUGCUCUUAUGCAAGCUUAUCAAUGUUGCUGUACCCGCAACUAUAGAUGAGAGAGCUAUAAAUACUAAGGCGGUGAUGAAUCCGUGGGAAAGAAAUGAAAAUCAUACUCUAUGCCUCAAUUCGGCCAAGGCAAUCGGAUGCACUGUGGUAAACAUCGGCACACAAGAUUUGGUGGAAGGCAGACCCCAUCUUGUCCUCGGGCUGAUUUCUCAGAUAAUUAAGAUACAAUUGUUAGCUGAUCUGAACUUGAAGAAAACACCCGAACUCGUCGAAUUGGUGGAUGAUAGCAAGGAUGUGGAAGAGCUUAUUGGCUUAGCCCCUGACAAAAUUUUACUAAAAUGGAUGAAUUUUCAUUUGAAGAAGGCAGGGUAUAAGAAGCAGAUUACCAAUUUUGGGUCUGAUCUAAAGGAUGGAGAAGCUUACGCAUACUUGCUUAAUACUCUUGCCCCCGAACAUGGCUCGAAUGCAAUACUGGAAACAAACGAUCCUGUGAAAAGAGCAAACUUGAUUCUUGAGCAAGCUGAAAGAAUGGACUGCAAAGGAUAUGUUACUUCACAGGACAUUGUUGAGGGACAGUCGAACUUAAAUCUUGCAUUUGUUGCACAAGUAUUUCAACACAGAAAUGGAUUAUCUACAGACAAUACGAAGAUUUCUUUUGCUGAAAUGAUGACAGAUGAUGCUGAAACAUCAAAGGAAGAGAGAAUGUUCCGGCUGUGGAUCAACAGCCUUGGAAUUGAGUCUCAUGUCAACAAUCUAUUUGAGGAUGUUAGAACAGGAUGGGUGCUUUUGGAAGUGUUGGAUAAGGUUUCUCCUGGGUGUGUAAACUGGAAAUUGGCUACAAAACCUCCAAUUAAGAUGCCUUUUCGGAAAGUUGAGAAUUGCAACCAAGUCAUCAGUAUUGGUGCAGACUUGAAUUUCUCUCUUGUGAAUGUUGCUGGAAAUGAUUUGGUCCAGGGAAAUAAGAAGCUCAUAAUAGCCUUUCUGUGGCAGCUAAUGAGGUAUGCUAUGCUCCAAUUGUUGAAGAACUUGAGAUCUCAUAACCAGAGUCGGAAGGAAAUAACAGAUACCGACAUACUCAAUUGGGCAAACAAUAAAGUUAGGAGGUCUGGUAGAACUUCUCAAAUGGAAAACUUCAAGGAUAAAACGCUCUCAAGUGGCGUUUUCUUUCUUGAACUGCUAAGCGCCGUAGAACCUAGGGUGGUUAACUGGAGCCUUGUCACAAAAGGCGAAACUGAUGAAGAUAAGAAGUUAAAUGCAACAUAUAUAAUCAGUGUUGCCCGAAAGCUGGGAUGCACAGUAUUUUUAUUACCUGAAGAUAUAAUUGAGGUGAACCCGAAAAUGAUGCUCAUCCUAACAGCAACUAUCAUGUUCUGGAGCCUGCAAAGGAAAACAGGAGCUUACGAUCUGGAGGCAGAGCUGGCUCCUCCUCCUCCAGUAGAUGAAGUAUCUAAUUUGUCGGUUGAGGAGAAUGCUCCUGCACCGGAAGCUACCAACAAUGAAGAAGAACCUUCUUCAUAA